UUUUUUUUUUUUUUUACCCUUAUAUUUUAAUACUUAAUUUAUCAUAAUGGGCUCCUCCGCUGAUGACACUUCUUUUUCUGUUUUUAAACAAGAUGGAAGUCAUCAAUUCUACUGUCGUUGGUCUUUGGAAGAAGACAUGUUACUAUCAAAAGCCGUAGCAGAUCAUGGGCCUCACAAAUGGACAACAGUCGCUCAAUGUAUUCCAGGACGCACUGCUGUUCAAUGCUCCACCCGAUGGUUUGGUGCACUCAAUCCUAAUGUACAUAAAGGAAGAUGGUCUAAACAUGAAGAUAAAGCACUUUCAGAAGCUGUCGAAUAUUAUCAAUUUAUUACCAAGGAUACUGCAUUACCAUGGAACAGAAUUGCAGAAAACAUUCCACAUAGAACGGGUAUCCAAUGUCAAGCAAGGUGGACAGAAGCACUGGAUCCAGCUGUGCGUAAGGGUCGAUGGCUCUUAAGUGAAGAUAAAUUACUCGAGAAAGCAAUCCAGAGAUACGGUUGUUGUUGGAUCAGAGUCGCUAGUAUAAUUCCAACACGUACGCAAAGACAAUGCCGUACACGAUGGAACCAAAUUCAUACACAGCAUAUGAAAUCGGCAUCGAAUAAGCCAAAUAAGAUCUAUUCUCCCCCUCCUCCUCCGCCGUUACCUCCUGUUAAUGAUCCUACACCACCACCACCAUCAUCAACAGCAGCAUUGGACUUUUAUUUGCCUACCGAUGAUAAAAGCAUGGAUGAUUUACUGGCACAAUAUGCAAUGUCUAGUAGGACAUCUUCGUUAUCUUCUUACUCGCCUCAUCUGGAGAACAAUACAGCUUACAUGAACGAUCCAUUUAGAGUGGAAAGUACAAGUUGCUGGGGGAUGCAAGAUCCAUUGGAUCUGCAGGGAUUUUUAUCCACUAGCUCAAACAAUAAUUUGUUUCAGUCUAAAGAGUUUACUCUCGGCCACAAUGGUGAAGAUAACUUCGUGGAUGGACUAUUAACUGUACAUGAUUUCGAGUUCUUGUUAGAUCUGUAAUAAUAAUUACAAGUGUUUACACGACACUAUUCUUUUUUGUUAUUAUUAUUAACUGUAUUAUGCUGGACAAUGAAGGAAGAAGAAAAAAAGACAUAUUUUAAUAAAACCAAAUGGUCAUGAUGAUUUUCUGUUUGCCUUCUGUUGAUUGCAAGAUUGUGCAUAAAAAAACAUAAAAGAUGUAUGAAUGUUUUGUCGGGUUGAAAAAAGAAAGGU